UGACUGAACAAUACCUGCCCUUGUUGACUUAGUUUGAAUGUUACCUGGACAGGAGACGCUGAGAGCGGCUGAAUAUAUACGCAUCCAUCAUGAUUUCCCCAGAAAGCGAGCUGGAGAUGAUAGCUACAGAGCUGAAAGCUCUUUCAAUCAAGAGACAAGAACUUCUAGAAAGAAAAAAAAUGAAAUCCAUUUUUCAGGAAUUGAGGAAUCGGAUCGAAUUCAAACAAACAGAGGGCGAAGCGGCAUAUCACCACGAGACUGACAGCAUUGAUGCUGACCUGAAACACCUAACAGAAAAGAAGCAAAAGCUCCAAGAAAGUCAAGAGAACAUCUUCAAAGAUGAAAAUAAUACCAAGAAAGAGGCCAGUUUCACCCCCAGUGAGAUCACUAUGCCUGCUGAGCCUGAACCCAAAAUAUUCUAUGUUGAGCCUCCACCUAAUGUCCCUGCCCCUACAGUGAUUCUGGACAUGGAAAAACUUCCACCAUGUCCAUGCAGGACGCAGUGUCCAGAGUGCAAAAAGUUCAUCAUGACAGAGACCUCUACCUCUGUCAGCUCUGUCACCUGGCUGGUGUGUUUCAUGACAGCUCUGAUGGGCUGCGUGGCUGGCUGUUGCCUCAUUCCCUUCUGCGUCGAUAGGUGCAAAUCUACCAUACACAAAUGUCCCAACUGUCGAACAUCAAUCCGAGUUGUUAAACAACUCUGAGAGGGAAGCAGCUGGUGAGAAUGGUGAUGUAAUGUUUCAGCGUUACAGAGGUUAUCUGACUGAAUGUCAGUGGCUGAGGAUGUUUGUCAGCUUAAACAUUCAGGUGCAAUGACUUUGGUUUAAUGGAGCACAUGUCAGAAGGAACAUGCAGUGGUGAGGUGACUAAAGUCUGCCUGUAUGUAAAUGUAUAUUACAUAAGGUUUUCAGGAUGUAUCUGUAAAUUCAAACUGAUCUUUUACCGAACUAGAACAUCAGAUCAAUACUAUCAAUGACUGUAAAUAUACUGUAGUACUUCCUGUAGUAAAUCAUGUAAACAUCCAGUCCUCUCUUAAGGCUUACAGAUGUGGUGAGCUGUUUGUUUCUUCAGCAAAACUACAAAAUUUAAGUCUUCUUGUAUGUAUAGUUUUUAUUAGAAGCACAAAAGGGGAAAUGGCAUACUGGGGUUGGUCAUAGGCUUGUGGUGAAAUCCAAAAUAAUCUCUGUAUUUACAAAAUGACUAACAUAAAAACACUGUGUAUAAAACUCAUACAAAGUCAAGUCGAUUUUAUCUAUACAGCCCAAUAUCACAAAUCUGCUUCAGGGGGCUUUACAGUAUGUACAACAUUAUGACACCCUCUGUCCUUAGACCCUUGAUUCAAAUAAGGCAAAACUUCCUCCAAAAAUUCUUUAAUGGGGAAAAUAAUGGAAGAAGCAGUGGGGAGAGAGAACCAAGGACAGCAUGCACACAUGGGGUAAAGAGAGACAAGAGGUGAGGCUGAAUAAAGCCGAUCCAAAACAUCUGGAAUGUGGCACAAACGACCAGGACAGAGAGAGAAGUCCCAGGAUGGCUAAUGAUCCAGCAUUACCAGAAGUUGUCUUUGUCAUGACAAGUUGGCAAUAAAUUUGUUUGGGAUGUCCUUACUAUGACAACUUGACAUUAACCAGGAUGACAUUACCAGAAGAUGUCUUUAUGUUAAUGUCAAGUUGUCAUUAUAAGGACAUCCCAAACCAAUUUAAUGUCAGCUUGUCAUGACAAAGACGACUUCUGGUGAUGUCACUUUAAUUAAUGUCAAGUUGUCAUAAUCAAGACAACCCAAACAAUGUCAACUUGUCAUUACAAAACCCGAAUGACACUUAAUGACAGCAGUCAUAAACGUUUAUGACAUGUACAUAAUGUUUAUGACAAGUUCAUGACAGUGUCAUGUCACCCUUAUGUA